AUGGCGUCGUGGACGCUCGAGACGCUUCAGCGCGCGGUAGACGAGGUCACCGCGCUCGUGGCCAUCUACGGUCCCGACGGAUGCGACCCGGACGCGCCCACGGACGCGAUGGUCGCGGAGACGGACGCGCUGGCGACGGCCGAGCGCGUCCUAGCGCUCGCGUCGUCGUCGUCCGAUGCCGACGUCGCAGCAGUCGCGGCGGUCGCGGCGCGCGAGGUCCCCGCGCUCGGCGUCUCCGUGUCGUUCCUCGGGAGCCGCCUCCGCGGCGCGCCCGUGCGCGUGGACGCGACGAUGCCGCCGGGGUACCCGUCGAAGCGCGCGCCGUCCUUCGACGUGCGCGCCGCGGCGAGCGCGUCGCUCGAGGAGAUCAGCGAGUUGAGAGCCGCGGGAGAGAGCGCGAUGCUCGACGCGCGAGGCGUCGAGGAGGAGGAGGAGGAGGAGGACGGCGCGGAGUGCGUCGCCCCCGCGCUGGACGCGAUCCGCGCGCGAAUCGAAGAGCUCGACGCGACGCUGCGCCGCCGCGCCGAGGACCGCGAGACGACGACGACGACGACGACGACGACGACCUCGACGACCUCGACGACCGUCUCGCGUCGACUCUUGUGGUUCCAUCACAUCAAGGCCAAGUCCAAGCGCAAGGACGCGGUCGCGUUCGCCAGGGAGCUCGACCUCGGCGGCUUCAGCAAGCCCGGGUACCCGGGCGUCGUCGUCGUCGAGGGGAGGCGCGAGAACGCGGACGAAUACGUGCGACGGCUGCGAGCGCUGAGGCGCGUUCUAUCUUACACUGGUCCCCAUACGACCCCGUCCGCGUGGUGA